AGGUUUUUCCUACGGAAUUUUGGCAAGUUAACGAGGAAAAGAAGUCACGAGGAACUUGAUUCGUAAGCAAUUACAGGAUGGGGAAUGUGUUCGAGUCAGUCUUUUCAGGGAUCGGGCAUGUAAUUGGAAGUUUAUUCAGUUCUCGACUUGAUUUUCUCUCCGGCAAGUCUUGCAGCGUGGUGUGCGGUCYAACAUGGGAUUUGACUUGUUACAUUGAAAAUUUCUGCAUUGAACAUUUGCUGAAAUUCUUCGCAGUUUCUUUGUUGUUCUACGUCGUUCUGCUAUUGCUGUAUUUGUUGUACAAGCUUGGGGUAUGUCAUUGCCUUUGUCGAAAUUCGUGCAAAAUGAUUUGGGCAUGCUUGUCGACAAUUUUCUUAGGCUGGGUSCAUGGAUGCUAUUGGCUAUGUCGUAUGCUGCGUAAGGUCAAACGUGAACGCARAAGACAUCUGAGAGACAUUGAAAUGCUKGACAUGAGUAUCAGAAGUGAUCAGGAUACAGACAUGGAAAUAAGCAGCACUGGUAGAUGGAGAAGGUCAUCUUACCGACUACGAGACCACAAGCGAAAUCAUUUGAGAAGAUCGUUAAGGCCUAGGAGCCACCGGGUUCGUCUAGGUGUUGAUGGUGAUUCGAUUUAYGCCACAAAAAGAAAACACAUCAGGCACGGUGAUAUUCGAGUUAUUCAAACAUCAAGCUUUGCGCGAAGGGGGAGAAAUCACAAGAGAUCAAGACAUCUACAGAAGAGGACAUGA